CAGCCUGUCCCAGCGGAGAUUUUCUCAGCUCUGCGAGAGGAGUGAAGCGUUGGAGGGAAGGGCGCUAAGACCCGGUGCUCAGCGCGGAGGAGGGUCUGGGCGAGCUGCGAGAGCCGGCUUAAAGGUUGACGUUUGCGUACCGGAGGAGUAGGGUGCAUCUCUCGGGUCAGGCAGGGUGUGAGCGAAGAACGCGCUUGGAGGAGUGACCUGUGCAAAGGAGCCCCUGCUUUGCUGCCCAGUUAUGACUGGCACCAUGGAGAGACUCAGCGUGUUGGAUCAACUACUUCCGGAACUUAAUGUACUACUCAAGUUGUUGGACCAUGAAUACUUGAGCUCUACCACAAUGGAAAAGAAAACAGCUGUCUCAAACAUCUUGCAGAAACUGCAGCCCCCUACAGGGAAGGACGUAAAUUACAUGUAUGUGAAUACAGCAACGUUGCACAACGGCACUAGCUUUGUGGAGUCACUUUUUGAAGAAUUUGACUGUGACCUGUGUGACCUUCAGGAUAUGCAAGAAGAUGAUGGGGAUGCUAAAGAAGGCAUCAACUUGAAGCUUUCCAGGAGCCAAUCAGCUAAAAAUGUUUCUGGAGAGCCACCUCCACCAUUGCCAACCACCCCUCCCCCUGAAGACUACUAUGAGGAAGCACUGCCACUGGGCCCAGGAAAAGCCCCUGAGUACAUCACCUCCCACAAUAACUCCAGUCCCCGCAACUCAAUAGAGGAUGGAUAUUACGAAGAUGCCGAUAGCAACUACCCUGUCACCCAGAUGAAUGGAGAACAGAAGAACUCUUACAAUGAUUCUGAUGCCAUGAGCAGCUCCUAUGAGUCUUACGAUGAAGAGGAAGAGGAUGGGAAAGGCCAGAGGCUAACACACCAAUGGCCGUCAGAGGAAGCUUCCAUGAACCUGGUGAAGGACUGCAGGAUUUGUGCUUUCCUGUUACGCAAGAAGCGCUUUGGGCAGUGGGCCAAGCAGCUGACAGUCAUCAAAGACAACAAACUCCUAUGCUAUAAAAGCUCUAAGCAUCGACAGCCACACCUCGAGAUGCCCCUCAGUGUCUGCAACGUUGUCUAUGUGCCGAAGGACAGACGCCGCAAAAAGCAUGAGCUGCGUUUCACUCUGCCAGGAGCUGAGGCUCUGGUGUUAGCUGUGCAAAGCAAAGAGCAGGCAGAAGAAUGGCUGAAGGUGAUCAAAGAAGUCAGUAAUUCUAAUGGAGGUGGACUGAAUGGAACAGAAAUUCCUACGUCUCCUAUACUCACAUGCAAGAUGGACCGUGACAAGAGGUCAUCUCAGGACAAGCAAACAUCUGACUCUGACAGCGUGGCCACCACAGAGAACAGCUCUUCCAUGGCUCAGAGAGAAGCCCAUGAGCAAGGGAAAGGCAAGAAAAGUGGCUUAGCUGAAUUAAAGGGCUCUGUUAGUCGAGCGGCUGGGAGAAAAAUCACCAGGAUAAUUAGCUUUUCCAAGAAGAAGCCAUCCCCUGAGGAUACUCAAACAUCCUCUACUGAGGAGGACAUCCCAUGCUGUGGCUACUUGAAUGUUUUGGUUAACCAGUGCUGGAAGGAACGUUGGUGCCGUUUAAAAGGCAACAUGCUUUAUUUCCACAAGGACCGCACUGACUUAAGAACAUAUGUGAAUGCCAUUGUCCUGCGAGGUUGCGAGGUGGCACCAGGGUUGGGCCCCAAGCACCCUUUUGCUUUCCGCAUCCUUCGCGGGGGACAAGAAGUUUCUGCUCUGGAGGCAAGCAGCUAUGAAGAUCUGGGACGCUGGCUUGGGCUGCUACUUGUUGAAACUGGUUCCCAGACAACCCCUGAGGCCUUGCAUUAUGACUAUGUGGAUGUGGAGAAGAUAGCCAACAUAAUCAAUGCAGUGAGACACUCCUACCUGUGGGCCAGUUCUUCCCUUGAGAAUCAAACAGAUGCUUCCCAAGUCUUAUAUGACGAAGUCCCAUAUGAAAAAGUGGAGCUGGAAAAGUCUGGGCGGACAUCAGGAUCCCAGGUGAAGCGCCACGGUUCCUCUUGCAGUGAGAAAUCGCGCCGUGUGGAUCCGCAAGGCAAAGUCAAGCGCCAUGCAUCCAAUGCCAAUCAGUACAAGUACGGCAAAAACAGGGCUGAGGAAGAUGCCAGAAGGUUUUUGAUGGAGAAGGAUAAACUGGAGAAGGAGAAGGCCUCCAUCCGGGCUGAGUUGGUGACAUUGCGCAAGGAAAAGCGAGACCUCCGAGAAGCCAUGAAGAGCAGCCCAGGGAAAGACCUGAAAGAACUGGAGCUUCGUGUUGCUGCCUUGGAAGAACAGUGCAAAGCAAAUGAGGCACGGCGUGUUGACUUGGAACUCAAGCUGACAGAGGUGAAAGACCGGCUGAAGCAGUCACUGGCAGGAGGGCCAGCUCUGGGGCUGACUGUGACCACCAAAAGUGAAAGCAAAGAGACUGUAACCCAACCAAAUGGAAACCAACCAGAUCACUUGGUGCCAGUUAAUUGUGCCGCAGAAAUGAGGAAACAAAGUGCUUCCCUCCCUGCCAACAAGGGAAAUGUGCUACAGAAGGCCAAGGAAUGGGAAAUGAAGAAAACCUAAGCAAGGGUCACUGGGCCGCUGUCCCCAAGGAGAUCUCCUUUUCAGCACAGGGACACAUUUGGGAAAGGCUAAAGCAGUGCCAGAGCCUUUCAUCCCUCAUGGAGACUGCAAAAGGCUGCUGGGGAACUUGGUUCUUCAGCAGGGAGCACCCCUACCCUCCAGUGGAAAACAAAAAAGGAUUAAGAAGCAGAUGAGCUUUGGAGAACUAGUGUGGGUGAGGGGCAGGGUGGGAGGCAGGGUGGGAGGCAGGGUGGGGAAAGGGAACCCUUUCAGGGAUUUUUAAAAACUUGUGUGUUCUCAAAAUACUCUUCUUUGAGUGGCCUAAAAUGAGCAUUUCAAAUAGGUCUGGUGUGCCAGCUAUCUGGAUGGAUGGAUUUUGGUCUGAGUGAUAAAGCAGCAGGAAUGUGGCUAUUUUGACCUGAUGGGGAGAGAUGAUGAGAUUGUUCGGAGUCCUCAUUCAGCCAAGGCCGCCAAAGACCUCGGACAAGUCACUUUAACUUUCUCACUGCAACUCCUCUCACAUUUGAACCCAGGUGGACAUUCUUCACCUCAAGGAAAUGAGGCAUGACACAGAAGUGCCUUACAAUCAGUCCUCUCAGAGGAUGCUAUUUACAGCCAUUGUCAGCCUAUUUCACUGUCCUGCUUCCUGACAAACCAAAUCAGGGCAGCUAAUGCAAAGUAAGACCGUUGACUGAAGCCAGAGAAAGUGACACGGCAAGUUAAGAUUUUGUCAACACUGAGUCUGGUUUUAAAGCUCAGGCUUGUCAGCAUUGACCUGUGGUAGAAGUAUUCUGUCAACUUUCAUAAUCGCUCUGAAGCUGCCUUUUGAGGUUUUUAAUAAAUGUGUCAGGUAAGAUCACUAUCAACAGAAGGGCAUGAAGUACUUUUUUUUCCCCUUCAAGGACAGUCUAAAGUUUUUCUCCCCAGCUGAGGCAGUGGCUCGUUUGCUCAUUCUUGUCUCAUAGCUGCUCAGCAGAAAUGAAGUCCCACUUGGAAUAAGUGAGAGAAGACGGUGAACAAAUGAAUUGAUAACCCCAACAAAACUGCUUCAGUGAAAUGUUUUCCUGCACUAGAGCUGUUUUGCAAAAGAGUGCUGUUUCUAGUCAACCGCUGAAGGCAAAUCAGCUGCUGGAAGAAACUGUCUACACUCACUAAAGGAUACUAUGCUGCCUUUAAAAAGACAAAACAGAAGCAAAGUUCUCUCUGAUGGAAGAGAAGCUAGGAAACAGAUUUUUGUAACAUAGUCUUGAGUUGGUUCUGGUCAGUUUCAGGCUCACUGAACCCACGGAAUUUGAAAAGAACUAAAACCUGAGAGAUGCCUGGAAAAGAAGGCCCAAGGUAAAGGGGUGCAGUAAACCCCUUCAAUUAUCCUCCUGCUGUGCGAUCACACUUUCUGUUAUUUGGGAGGUGGGUGGGAAGCUUGUAUCUUUUUAUAUUCAUUUUGUGGUAUACAUUUUGCUAUUUAAAAAUUGUCUGCACUUUAAAAUCUGGAUCUCCUCCUUCUGCUCCCCCCCCAAUAAAAGAUGAACUUUGUACAGGG